GAGCAUUAUUGGAGCAUUAAGGCGUGUAACUACUCUGGAAGAGAGGGACUCCCUCGUGCAAUCUGCUGCAGACUUCUUUGUAAAUGGUCGAGUGUGCGCUGCGUUGCAACAGUUUAUGGAAGGUUUGAAGAGUCUGAAUGUGCUGGACGAGAUUCAGAAAAACCCUGCAGUCUUUCAUGAAUUGUUUGUCUGUGAGGAGAAACCACUCUUGGCACGGGACCUGUACACACUUUUCCAAGUGUGUUUUUCUGUGCAAGGCAGCAAUAAAAGGAGGAUAGAAAAUCUAACCAUAUGCUACUGGAGAGACUGGUUGGUGGAUAUUGAAGAAGGAGAAUGCAGUCCCAUGACUCUUGAAAUGCUUCUGGAGUUUGCUUCUGGAGCAUCCAAGGUACCUCCACUGGGCUUUCCCCAUCGUCCACAAAUUGAAUUCCUCCAUGAGGCUAACAAAGUCUUCCCAGAAGCAAAUACUUGCCUUAUAGUACUCCGGCUUCCUGUACACUCGGACUAUGAGUCUUUCACAAAGUACAUGACCGACGGGGUGCUGCAGGCACCUACCUUUGGUGUUGCAUAAUCAGCUAAUAAGCAGUUAUUUUAAGAAAAGAAAAAAAAAGUUGAAAUGUUUUCAAAAGUUAAUUGUUUUAAAGCAAGUUACAGUAUUAUUGUACAGUUAAUGUAAUGGCCAAACUUGGAAAACAUUGAAAUGUAAAUUCAAUAAUUGCACUUAUUAUUUUUCUUAUUUUUGCAAAUAGAUCUCUUAUUAAUCACUUUAUGGUUUCACAAUUUAAAGGUGGAUGUUUGAGCCACACUGCAAAAAAAAAUGUCUCAGGGUUUUUGAGUAUAUGAGUUUUAUUUGUAGUUAUUGCAUCUUAAUAACAAUGCAUCAUACAGUAUGUUCUAGAUGAUUUUCACUCAAACAUGGUGACAUGUACUUAAAUCAAUAAAGCAUUUGCAAUUU